AUGCGGGGGCAAGGGAUAUGUGACAUCCUUGCUAUGAUCUGCGUGCGGCCUGCAGCCCAAGGUGGCGUGAGCAAGCUUGCCAGCGCUGCAGAGAUCUACCGUCGCCUGCGAGAGAAGCCAGAGCUCUUCAAGCUUCUGGAGAAGGGCUUCAAAUACAACGCGCAGUCCGUGGAGUAUCAUCCGGACUGGCGGCAGCCUCCUACUGACCACCGGGAGCGGCCCAUGGCCUACACGGAUGCAAACGGGCGACCCUGCAUCCAGUAUGCCAAGAACAUGGUGGAGACCAUCAUGCCAGCGUACUGUGGAACGGAUGAGGAGGAACAGGUGCGCACGGCCCUGUCGCAGCUUGAAGAGGUCUGCAGCGAUCCUGCCGUGGUGCAACACUGGGAUCUCGAGGCUGGCGAGGCUUAUCUGGUGGACAAUUACCGCUGGCUCCAUGCGCGAACAGAGUUCACGGAUGAUCCCGCAUCACCGCGGUUGCUUUUUCGCCUGUGGCUUCAG